CUUUGUUAUAAGUUAGUUAAGUAAUAAUUCGUGAUUAUGUCAUCACGGACCAGGCCCAUCGGCGCGCUGACUAGGGAAACGCCGACCAAAAUAUCGUCGACCUCUAUAUCGGACUCCACAACUCCACGACUCUACCUCCCUCCUGUACGCCAACACCAUGCUGCGAAUCCCACCGCGGCUCAUCCAGAGCUACAUAUUCGGGGGCAGCAUCCGUUCACACCAAUGUCUCCGCGCCGGCCGCACAGUCACUGCAUCCCUCCUCCGCCCCCUCCACACCACCUCAGCGCGGCAUAGCGCAGGAGUUGAACCUCCCUCCCCCAACGACGCCGCCGACGAACCAUACGUCCCCCUCCGCAAACAAAUCAAAGAUGAGCUCAAGCGCCGCAAAGCCGCCGAGCGCGACCCCUCCUACAGCGCCCCCAAUACCUCCGCCGAGCGCCUCUCAGACUGGGAACUCACAGUCGGCAUCGAGAUCCACGCCCAGCUCAACACCCUCACGAAGCUCUUCUCCAUCGCCCCAACAGCGCCCUCUCCCACCCCAAACAAGAACGUCACGCCUUUCGACCUGGCCAUCCCGGGCUCCCAGCCCAUAUUCCAGCCUACAACCCUCAUCCCCGCCGUCCGCGCUGCCCUGGCCCUGAACUGCACCAUCCACAACACCUCCACCUUCGACCGCAAACACUACUUCCACUGGGACCAACCCGCCGGCUACCAGCUGACGCAAUUCUACCGCCCCUUCGCGACAGAUGGGCAUAUCACGCUCUACGAACAUGACGGCAUCUCCCCCGAAGACUACCCCCAGGUGACCAUCGGCAUCAAACAAGUCCAAAUGGAGCAAGACACGGCCAAAACACUCACCACCACCGGCCCCGACGGCACCGAAUCCCACCUCAUAGACUACUCCCGCGUCGGCACCCCCCUCAUCGAAAUCAUCACACACCCCCACCUCCAGCACCCCCGCACAGCCGCUGCUCUCGUCCGCAAAAUCCAGACCCUCCUCCACUCCGUCAACGCCUGCGUCAUCGGUAUGGAAAGCGGUGGUCUCCGCGCAGACGUCAAUGUCUCCGUGCGCCCCCGCGACACCCCCUCAGCAGAGCUAGGCCAGCGCACGGAAAUAAAGAAUCUCUCCUCAUACAAGAGUAUCCGCGAUGCCAUUAUCGCAGAGCGCACGCGCCAGAUCGACGUCCUCGAGUCCGGCGGCGUCGUGUUAGGCGAGACUCGCGGCUUCAGCGUGGGCGACUCCGAGACGAGACGACUGCGCGCUAAAGAGGGAGAGGUAGAUUACAGAUACAUGCCCGACCCCGACAUCCCCCCCAUCAUCAUCGGCACCGACCUCGUCACCCGCCUCUCCGAGACCCUCGGCACCCUCCCCGACGCCGAACUCGCAAUCCUCACAGGCCAAUACGGUAUCUCGAUCAAAGACGCCCUCUCCCUCGUCGCCCUCGAGAAUGGAGGGAGGGCAGAGUACCUCUACGCCGUCGUCGAGGAACUACGUCCUUUCGUCCCCCCAGCUGCUACCAACGGCUUAGUCCUCCUCGCUCGCAAGGCAGGGAACUGGGUCCUCCAUGAGCUCGGCGCCGCUGGUGCCUCCGCUGCCGAGGCAGGGAACGACGCACCCCUCUUUGAUGACGAGGGCGUGUGUGUCGUCUCCCCCGCGCAAAUGGCGCGGAUCAUCUACCACGUUGAGUGCGGCGCCGUGACCGGAGCGACGGGGAAGGAAUUACUCGCCGGAUUCGUAGCAGCAGCUGGUGACGGGGAGGGAGCGCCGAUUACUAGUGGCGAUGAAGUGGAUGCGGUUAUCGAGAGAGAGGGGAUGUGGUUUAAGGGCUUGGAUGAGGAGGGGUAUAAGGCGCUUGCUGCAGCGACGAGGGAGGAUCGGAUUGUGGAGGAUGUGAGGAAAAAAGGGUGGGAGAAGGGGAGGGGGAAGAUCAUGUAUUGGGUUGGUAGGAUGGUGAGGGAGGGGGGUGGGGGGGUUGAUGCGAAGGUUGCGGAGGGGUGGGUUAGGAGGGCUUUAGAGGAGGAGAUUGGGAUUGAUGGGAAGAAGGGGGAGUGA